AUGCCCGGCCCAGAGGAGGCAGGACCAUCGCGGCCCACAAAGCGAAAGCGUCGCGAAGCCACACCUCCCGUCCGACGUCCGCCUUCGAAACGAGCUCCUGCUUCUCAGACCCGUCCUGAGACAACUUGUGAGGUCCCGAGUAUUGCCAUCUUGGCGGUCACGUCUCAUCCAUUUACCACUCUAGAUACAUCAUUGCCUAAGGUGGCUGAAGUGCUCGAGACAGAAGAUCUUCUCCCUACCGAAUCCUCUCCUGAUGACGGCGAUGAGGAUGCUGAUACAGACGAGGACGAUCGUGACCGGAAAGUGCCCGUGCGAAUGCUCAACGAGUUCUGCGUGUUUGAGGAGUAUGAAGGCCGGCGCGUGAUUCAGUCUUUGGAAGAUUACUCGAGGACCCGUCUUCAAGCCGUCGGUACCGCGACGCCGUACUUCAGCGACGCAGACGCUGGUAACGACGAGGAUGUUGCUGACGGUGCCGUUUACUUGCGGACGACCCGUAUCCGUGAUAUAUAUGUGCAGUACCUAGAAUAUGACCGGCUUAUUUGGAUCAAAACCGAACACGCAUGGUAUGUACUCUGCGAGGCCAACGCAGAGUAUCGACAGCAGUACACGACCUUCGCGAACAAGCAAUUUAGUCUCCAGCUACUUUGCUCCAUGGCAGCUCAUCCUCAGGUGACUCUUCAGGAGUAUUAUGACGCUCUUGAGCGCGAAGUACUGGGACGUGAAUGCCGAGAAAGUGAUCUCCACGACUUCAUGAACUUGCUGAACCAGUUCGCUCGGGAAGAGGGCCAGUCAUUCCUCCACAUCCCGCUUAUACACGCUGUACGCAAAGAAUGCGGUUUCCUCGACGAUGAGAUGCUGCUGCCGUCUUCUGCUCCCCGUGUGCCCAAGCGUCGACCUAUCGUCUACAAAGGGAGCCCGCGCAACCUCGACGAACAUGUUCUCCGGCAUGAUCAGCUGACGAGCACAUGUGUCACGCCCUUCGUUGAUCGUUUGAGGCAAAAGUACCAUCCGUCGUGGGCGGUCGACAGCACCGUUGUUCACUGGGAGCGCGAUGAGGAUGACCUUCCCAAACCAACUGCCCAGCGCAAAGCAGCGGAACAUCAGCAUCUCCUCGCUUGCGUACGGCGUGCACGCGACGACGUUGACGACGAAGUCAGGGUGCUUAGACGUAACAGCGAGGGUGAUGUUAUUGCUGUGCGCGUAGGCUCUGAGAUCUACUCUAUUGGAGAUGUCGUCGUGUUUUUUCCUACGUCUUCGUGGAAUGGCAAAAAGCCAGACCCACUCCCAAAGAAAGACAGAGAUAUUGUUGUUGGCACACGACUGGAGGACCUGGUAUUCUGGUUUGCCCGUUUGGUCUCCAUCGAGGAGCCUCCCCCGCCUAAGAAGUCCAAAUCCAAGUCCAAGGGCAAGCCCAAGUCCAAAUCUAGCGGGAGCGAACAGAUAAUGGGCCACGUCGUCUGGUUCGAACAUGCGUCUCGUACCUUCGUAGGCGAAGAGGCAGAUCCACGUGAGCUUGUGCUUUGGCCACGCCAGUGUGACGACCAGCCUUUGGCGGCCAUUCACGGCAAAGUUGGUGUCCACAUGAUGUACGAAUCGGGUGUUGUUGCUGAUCUUCCCGCCGAUUGUUCUUACUUCUGUCGAUUCGAGUACACGGAGGGACUGGGCUAUCGGUCAAUUCCUCCUCCUCCUCCAUUCGACAUACCAGUCUGCACGAACUGUUCCUCCAAAGGAACCCGAGAAUUGGACGACGAAGACAUUCCUCUCAAGGUCGGGCUCGGAUUUCGAAUGCACGGACAACUCUAUCACGCCGACGAUUGUUGUCUCUUCUACACGUCCGACGAGCCCGGCUUUCCAGGGAGCUUGGGACUGGCGAGGAUCGGGCAGAUCAUGUUUCUCAAUGUCGAGACAGAUUCCUUGGAGUUGAGGGAGUUCGGACGCAUCGCGGACUUUGCCGCACACUUUGGAGACGCGAGGGUUGAGCGGAGUUGGGAUGCACAACAACUCUUUGUCGGCCCGAUCGUCCAGGUGCAUCCGAAGGACGUCGUUGGGUCGUGCAAAGUUUUGCAUCGUGAUGCCAUCCCCGGAGGUGACAUUGGUUCGUACGUCUCCGCCUCGUCCACGAACUUCUGGGUUCGUUAUAAAUCUUGGGACGAGUCCCUGGAUAUUGCGUCUGCCGACGAGCUUGAAGAGCUUGAUCCCAGCGAUGUUCCGCCCUGCAGCAACGGGUGCGCCGAGAGUCGCGCAGAUCGCGAAAGCAACCACGAGGUUUUUUGCGGUAUGAGUCAAGGUCGUAAAUGUCUUGACAUCUGCGCUGGGGCUGGCUUGCUUGGCGCUGGCUUGAGCGAAGGUAGUAAGGGCAUCUACGAUGUAACACAUGCCGUCGAGAUUCGACCGUCUGCUGCACAGACUAUCCGCAACACCCACCCUCGAACGAAGGUGUAUAUGACGUGUAUGAAUACUCUCUUAGAGUCGAGUGUCAAAUGGCAUAACGGCGAUCAGAGUGCAUACGAUGGGCUCACAGCCACCGACGGAAGUGGUCUGCCUGAUACUCCUCCUCAGCCAAUGGAUAAGAUUGAUACUGUCGUUGGCGGCAUUCCAUGCCAGUCGCACUCUAGCUUGAACGCGUUCAAGCGACAGAAGGACAAGAAGACCGAUUUGAUGCUGUCUUUCUUAUCCUGGAUCCACUUCAUCCGACCGAAUCGAAUCAUCCUUGAGAACGUCAAAGGAUUCAUGGACUUUGCCGUCGACGGUGUUCCCUUAGAUCCCAAGAAAUGUCGUGGAAGUGGCCUUCGCUUCCUUGUCAACGUCUUGAUGCGUCUCGGGUAUCAAGUACAGUUUUGCCUGCUCAACGCCGUGCACUAUGGCACUCCGCAGCGCCGUGUGCGGUUCAUCCUCUUCGCCGCGAAGAUCGGCUUUCCCCUGAUGCACGCGCCUAAACCAACGCAUUAUCACCCCAGCGAGGCCGCGAACUUGACAUACAGCCAUCUUAAUGCCGAGGGCCAGGAUGUCAAGCUAUCUGCGCUAGAGGCUCGACAGUAUCGCGUUCCGCUGCGCUACAUCUCCGUUUGGGAUGCGAUCAGCGACCUCAUACCAUGGGAUUUGGAAUCUACAGAUCCCCGCGUCGAGAAGCAUCGUGCGGAAGACCAAGAAGAUCUCAUCGAGCUGCGCGAACAUCUCGUUUCUUUGUGCGGGGAAAUAUUCGAGUACCCGCAGUUAAACAUCAAAGACGGCAUGAUUGGACCGCAGGUCGAGAUGUUCUCAACUCUCAAUUCUUAUCUGGGAUCGCCGCGCUCGACAUUUCAAGAGGCAAUGCGCCCCAAGGAUAAGGAAGUCCGUGCCUUGCAGCACUACUCGGUGACGAUCGGCAGACCCAUGACACAGUUAGUUCGCCUUGUCCCACUCGUUCCUCGAGCUGAUUGGCAGGACAUACCUCGAGAUCUAGUGGAGAGAUUCGCAGACCCUUCACGUCGCAAGAAGGAUUGGAAGAGGGGCACUAUCGGUCGUAUCGAUAAGGACGGUGUCUUCCAGACGAUCGUCACAAAUGUCCACCCUCUUGCGAAGCAGGGGUGGGUCUUGCAUCCUGUCUGUCGCCGUAUUUUGACCGUGCGGGAGCUGGCUCGCGCUCAAGGCAUUCCGGAUUGGUAUCACAUCUACGCGCCCGUGGACCCGGACCACAACGUCAUAACUCGCGCCGGGGUUAUCGAGAUGCACCGACAGAUCGGGAACGCCGUUCCGCUGCCGUUGGCCACUGCGAUUGGACGUGCGUUACUCGAAGCUGAGUUCGAGCCUUGGUAUGCGCUAUCGUACGAGGAACGGAUGGCUGUGCUGGGUAUGGGUAUUGAUGAUUGA